GAUCAACGACAAUCAAUUAUUUCGUAUUCAUAUAAAAGAAGACUUCUACCAAUCUCACUCUUUCACUAUUAGUUGAAGAUUGAGCUCCUAACGGCGAGAGGUUUUCAUAGCUUCAUUCUUCACAUCCUUUCUUUGCUACGACAGUAGAAUCCAAGGGUAGAUUUCUUGUACACCAAUCAAUCGAUUUGGGUCAAACAGUCGUUAUAUGCUAGCUAAAGGAAGAAGAAACUCGUAAACCGCAUGCAUUCCACACCCCAUAAAUAAUAAUAAUCAUAUAUUUUAAUCGAUCAAUCACUGUCGCAGGACCCACCACUAACCAUCUCCCUAUAAAUAAAGCGCUACACCCCUUACCUUUUUCCAAUUCGGUAUAAUCAGUCUCCCGAAAAUAAACUUUCCGGUCAAAUCUUGUAUUUCUCAUCAAUGGCUGCUGUUUCUUCCUCUCUAUCCGCUUCUCCUACUCUGCAAUUUCACAUCCAGACUAAUAGAAAAUCACCAUCAAAGCUCUCCAACCGUUGUUUCUCUAUUCGUCAGAUCUAUGCUUCAAUCUCCGAGACGUCACCGUCCAAGGUGACUCCGUCAAAAUCCGACAAACUCCCGGUUCGUCCAGUACCGGGAAGCUAUGGACUUCCUGUUAUCGGUCCAAUCAAUGAUAGAGUUGAUUACUUUUACAAUCAGGGUCGGGUCGAGUUCUUCAAGUCACGGAUCCAGAAGUACCAAUCCACGGUUUACAGAGUCAACAUGCCACCUGGUCCCUUCAUAGCUUCAGACCCACACGUCAUCGUUUUGCUCGACGGCAAGAGUUUUCCGGUUCUAUUCGACGUUACCAAAGUUGAGAAGAAAGACGUGUUCACUGGCACUUACAUGCCUUCAACGGACCUCACCGGUGGCUACCGUGUCCUCUCCUAUCUCGACCCCUCUGAGCCGAACCACGCCAAGCUCAAAAAUAUCAUUUUCUCGCUUCUAAAGUCUCGGCGCGACCACGUGAUUCCGGAGUUCCAUUCGAGCUUCGCAGAGCUCUUUGAGACUCUGGAGAAGAAUCUCGAAGAAAAGGGCAAAGCCGGUUACAACGACCCUAACGAUCAGGCCUCCUUUAACUUUCUGGCUCGGGCCUUCUUCGGCGUAAACCCACCUGACACUAAACUCGGGCUUGAUGGACCCAAACUGAUUGGUAAGUGGGUUCUGUUUCAACUCAGUCCAGUAUUGACUCUUGGGCUGCCGAAAGUUGUUGAAGAAUCGACGAUCCGCUCCCACCGUCUCCCUCCGCUUCUCGUCAAAUCUGACUACCAGCGACUCUACGAUUUCUUCUAUACAUCGGCGGAUUCCAUUCUCUCGGAUGCCGCGAAUUCAGGCAUCUCAAGAGAAGAAGCCUGCCACAACAUUCUGUUCGCUAUAUGCUUCAAUUCAUUCGGUGGCUUAAAGAUCCUCUUCCCCAAUAUGAUGAAGUGGAUUGGCCGGGCCGGAGUCAAACUCCAUACUCAAUUAGCCCGAGAGAUCAGAUCAGCCAUCAAAGCCAGCGGUGGCAAAGUCACGAUGGCAGCCAUGGAACAGAUGCCGUUGAUGAAAUCAGUAGUCUACGAAGCUCUCCGCAUCGACCCGCCUGUGCCGACACAAUACGGCAAGGCAAAGAAAGACUUCAUAAUCGAGAGCCAUGACGCUGCUUUCGAGAUCAAGGAAGGUGAGAUGUUAUUCGGGUACCAACCGUUCGCUACCAAGGACCCGAAGAUAUUUGAUAGACCGGAGGAGUUCGUGGGGGAUCGUUUUAUUGGGGAGGGUGAGAAGCUGUUGAAGCACGUACUAUGGUCGAAUGGGCCCGAGACAGAGAAGCCAACAGUGAAUAAUAAACAAUGCGCCGGGAAAGAUUUCAUAGUGCUGGCUUCAAGGUUGUUCGUGGUGGAGCUGUUUCGCCGCUACGAUUCGUUUGAGAUUGACGUCGGGAAGUCGGCAAUUGGAGUUGCCGUUACUGUAACAUCUUUGAAGAGAGCAAGCUUUUGAAUGUGGGUGGUAAAUAUGGUUUGUUUAUAGUAAAUGUCUUUAUCAUUAUUAAUUUUGUUAGUUUUAGUUAUAGGGAAAUGCUAUUCAGUGUCUCGGGCAUUGGAUAAAUGAAAAAUCUGUAUUGAAAUCUAUAUUUUAAAUUUAAAAAAUUAUGCGAGAAAAUGUUCAUGACGCA